UUUAACAUAUUAUAUAUUGUUAAGUUUAAGUAUUGUUGAUGACAAUUUUGCCUUACGUAUUUAAUAGCUGUUAGUUUGUAUCGAGUUCAAAAAUUUAAUAUUAGAUGUAAAAGUCUAGUAAAAUCGAUUUAAUUUAUUUCUUGUGAGUGGCUAAGAAUGCACCAAAUGGGAAAGCAGAAAAUAAGUUAUAAUAAUAUAGCCGGUAGCAAGGUGUCCAUUGAUGAAUUGGUGCAGUACGUAACUCUACACGUACGUAAUCCAAUUCUGUUCAGUGGAGUAGUUUUACCUUUUGUGCCUUUGUAUGUCAGCGCAUUUUAUAUUUGGAUACAUUAUGGAGUGCAGGAACACUACGAAGCUGGCAUAAUUGCGGUGGCCGCAAUAGCCUUUGUGCAUAUAAUUACGUUAUUAUGUUGUUAUUGGAGUGUUCAUGUUAUGGCAUUUUUAAAUUGCCGUCGUGUCAAAAAACCAGACGUUAAUGUACUAGCUAAAGUUGUUCCAACUGCUAAUAAUGGUUUCUCAGAACUAGUACGAAUACAUUGUAAAACGUUAGAGAAUGGAACACAAAUGUUUUAUUUUUUGUUUCAAAAAACAAAAUAUAUUUGGGAGGAAAAUAAAAAAACUUUCCGUGAUGUGGAAUUUCCGGUUAGUCUUCCGUUAGAAGAUUAUGCACGCUCCCGUGGUCAUGAGACAGAUGCAGCAAUAACAUUAGCAGAACAAACUUAUGGAGUUAAUCAAAUGGAAAUGGUUGUACCAGAAUUUCAUGAGUUAUUUAUUGAGCGCGCAACAGCGCCAUUCUUCAUAUUUCAAUUGUUUUCAGUGGGGUUGUGGUGUAUGGAUGAUUAUUGGUGGUACUCACUUUUUACUUUGUUUAUGUUGAUAAUAUUUGAAUGCACAUUGGUACAACAACAGCUGCGCAAUAUGUCUGAAAUACGUAAAAUGGGAAAUAAACCGUAUCUAAUAAAUGUGCUAAGGAACAACAGGUGGCGACAAAUCUUAACAGAUCAAUUAGUUCCAGGAGAUUUGGUAUCAAUUACACGAUCACAAAACGACAAUAUUGUGCCAUGUGAUUUAGUUUUGUUGCGCGGUAAUUGCAUUGUAGAUGAAAGCAUGCUUACUGGUGAAUCAGUGCCUCAAAUGAAGGAGUCUUUGGAAUCACUCGAUAAUCUGAAUUGUAAUUUAAAUGUUGAUGGUGAUGGAAAGUUGUAUGUAUUGUUUGGCGGGACCAAAGUAGUACAGCAUACACCAACUACCAAAGGAAGCAUUAAAGCGCCUGAUGGCGGCUGUAUUGGCUACGUUAUACGUAAUGGUUUUAAUACGUCACAGGGAAAACUUUUGCGUACAAUUCUAUUUGGAGUAAAACGAGUUACUGAAAAUAAUUUAGAAACGUUCGUAUUUAUAAUAUUUUUAAUGAUAUUUGCCAUUGCCGCUGCUUCGUAUGUUUGGAUUAAGGGAAGCGAAGAUCUUGAACGCAGUCGCUACAAGUUGUUCUUAGAAUGUACGCUUAUACUAACUUCUAUAAUACCACCUGAUCUACCUAUAGAACUUACGCUUGCUGUUAAUACCUCUCUAGUGCAAUUGUCAAAGUUAUUUAUUUUCUGUACGGAACCUUUUCGGAUUCCAUUUGCUGGCAAAGUACAAAUAUGCUGCUUUGAUAAGACAGGCACUUUAACAACGGAUAAUUUAACAGUUGAGGGUGUAGCGGGUCUGACCAGUGAUGGUGAGAUUGUACCAAUGGAAAACGCUGAAGAAAAUACAGUACGCGUCCUAGCAACAUGUCAUUCAUUAGUAAUGUUAGAUGACGGUUUAGUGGGGGAUCCGCUUGAAAAAGCAAUACUGACUGCCGUUGAUUGGAAUCUUACUAAGCAAAAUUGUGUUAUUCCAAAGCCGGGUACAUCAUUUAAACCAUUACGUAUAGCGCAACGUUUCUAUUUCUCGUCCGCGUUGAAACGAAUGUCAGUGCUUGCCGGUUAUAUGGUACCAUUCAGUAAUGAUGUUAGCUAUAUAGGAACAGUCAAAGGUGCACCAGAGAUAAUAAUGAAAAUGCUGAAAACUGUGCCAAAAGACUACGAAAAGACAUUUUUGGAAUAUUCACGCAGAGGAGCUCGUGUACUCGCAUUAGGUAUUAAAGACUUCGGUAUUAGAGAUCAACAUAUUAUACGUGAUAUUAAGCGUGAAGAUGUUGAAUCGGAUUUAACUUUUGCUGGCUUUGUUAUAAUAUCAUGUCCAAUGAAACCGGAUUCUAAAAUGGUGAUUAAGGAACUAGUACAGGCUUCACACAAAGUUGUUAUGAUUACAGGCGAUAAUCCGUUGACUGCAUGCUAUGUUGCAAAGGAAUUACGUUUUACACGAAAGAAGCUUUUGAUCUUAACGUAUAAAAGUCACAGCUGGACUUGGCUAAAUAUAAAUGGUGAAAAUAUCUGCGAUUUAAAGGACGACAUUAUAAAAACUCUAAGUCAAUUUGAUUUGUGUAUCACUGGUGAGGGUCUACAACAUCUUAAAGAAAAUUUGCCUGACUUAUUAUUGGUUUUGUUACCUUAUGUAACUGUUUUUGCACGUUUUGCUCCAAAGCAAAAGGAAUAUGUUAUUACAACAUUAAAACAUUUGGGUUAUUGUACACUUAUGUGUGGUGAUGGUACAAAUGAUGUAGGAGCACUUAAGCAUGCUCAUGUAGGAGUAUCACUGCUAAGUAGUGCUCCUACUAAACUAAAGAAACGAAACACUGAAAAUAAUAUACCAAGUAUUGGCGAUGGUAAUCCUUCUGUCACAUCUCGUGGCACACAACGCGGUGCCAACAUGACAGAUCGUCAGAAUAUGACAGUGCGUGAACGUGCCAUUGCACAUCAACGUGAAAUGAGGUUAAAUGCGCAGCAGAGAUUGCAAAAUGCCUUGAAGGAAAGUAAUGAAAGUGAAGUGCCUAUUGUUAAAAUGGGUGAUGCUAGCAUUGCUGCACCAUUUACUAGUAAGACAUCAUCAAUAGUAUGUGUCAAUCAUAUCAUCAAACAAGGUCGUUGCACUUUGGUAACAACACUACAAAUGUUCAAAAUACUAGCGCUUAACGCAGUUAUAUCCGCUUACUGCCAAUCGGUACUUUAUAUUGAUGGAGUGAAACUUAGUGAUGCACAAAUCACAACGCAAGGUCUAUUCAUAGCUGCAUGUUUUCUUUUUAUAACGCGUUCAAAACCACUAAAAACACUUUCGAAAACUGCUCCUCUGCCUAACAUUUUUAACAUGUACACUAUUUCAACAAUACUAAGUCAAUUAGUCGUGCAUUUUUCUGCACUGUACUAUCUAAUUAUGGAAGCAACAUUACGUUCACCUCCAAGAGAAGGCAAGAUUAAAUUAUAUAUCGAUAUGAAUGCUGAAGAAAAGUCAAAAUUUGAACCAAGCAUAAUCAAUAGUACUGUGUAUAUAAUUAGUUUAUCAUUACAAGUUUGUACCUUCGCUGUUAACUAUAAGGGUCAUCCAUUUAUGGAAAAGUUGCGUGAAAAUCGGUUAUUAUUGUCUUCAAUUCUACUCUUAUCUGGUUUUGUAGUAUUACUAUCUUUAGGCAUUUUGCCAGAUAUUACAGAAAUGUUUGAAAUCGUCGAAUUCCCAACAGAUUUCCGUAAAAUACUGGUAUGCGUGUUAUUUGCUGAUGCAUUAUUUGCCUACUUAGUAGACAGAAUAUGUGCAUUCCUUUUCGGUGAGACGAGGCGAAAAUCAAAAAUACUAAACUGCUAGUAGGGAAUACUUUUACGUUCCAACAACUUUAGCUUAAUAUUUAUAUCCGAUCUUUUUGUUUUUAAGAAUGUUUUUUUUCAUUGUUUUUAACUA